AGUAGUGUCGACACCGACUUUCGCAGACAGGAAGUGUGACCAACUUUUUCCACCAUCCAGCCGUACCUCGGCUCUUUACAUCACCCUUUCUCAAGUAAUCUCAUUACUUUCAUCGCACACGUAUGUAAGCAGAGGAGUGGGCUUUACUUUUAGUUUCACCCUGGUUCCGUUUAUAACAGCUUUCCUGUCCUCUCACAAACAAGCGUAUGCCCCUUUAACUGAGAGAGAGGGGCCGCGCAGUCAGACCUGCGACCGUUUACAGGCUGAGCCUUCCCCUCGCUCCGGGAUUCAUUCAUAAAUAAGACAUCGUUUCGGCGUGGAAAGGCUGACUUUCUCACUCGAGCGCACCGGAUGCGAACAGCGAGCGGGAGUCAGACACUUUCGCCUCCGCGCUCGGCGAAUGUGGAUCGGGGGCACGGCUGACAGCGCAGAAGUGACUUUCCAUGGCUGAGCCCCCUGCUGUUGAGUUCAUGUGCGAGUCCGUCAGGAGGCAGCUUGACAAGCUAAGUGCGUUUAGACCAAGUCUCACCAUGCUCGCUUCCCCGCACUGUUUCGUGAUUUCUACGCGCUUCCUCUUCAGCCGGGGCAGCCUGCUUUAAAUAGCUCGCCUCUUCCUUUCUUCUUCUGGUUUACUCUCUACACCCAUCGGUCUAUCUAUAUCUAUACACAUCUAUUACUUCCAACAAAUGACAGUACAUCGGAGGAGGGGUGGACCUGACGUACCGAUGGAGCAGUGAGUUAUGGCAGCUAAAGAGGAACUGUAUGCCAAAGUGACCCCGCGGAGACAGCGCCAGAACCGGCCGAACACCAUCAAACAUGGGUCCACUCUGGACGUACUGCUGUCCAUGGGCUUCCCCAAGACCAGGGCCCUAAAAGCUCUGGUUUCGACAGGAGGGAAAAACGUCCAGGCGGCUUGUGACUGGCUCUUUUCCCAUGUCGAUGACCCCUUCCUGGAUGACCCUCUACCCAGAGAGUAUGUGUUAUAUCUGCGACCAAGUGGGCCACUGCUCCAGCAGCUCACGCACUUCUGGAAGCAGUCCCGCCUGUCUUGUGGCAAGAACAAGGCACACAACAUCUUUCCCCACAUUACCCUCUGCCAGUUCUUCAUGUGUACUGAUGCGAAGGUGGAGGCUCUGUCCGAUGCUCUCCAGACCACCAUGGCCAAGUGGAAAGGUCGCAUACCUAUGCCCCUCCCCCUGGAGCUCUACGUCUCCUCAACCUUCAUUGGUCUCUUCGUGGAGGAACAGAUGGCAGAAGUUCUGAAGAGUUUUGCUGCUGACUUUGCCACUGAAGCCGCAUCAAAAGCAGAUGUUCAUGUUGAGCCCCAUAAGAAACAGCUUCAUGUCACAUUGGCUUACCACUUUCAAGCCAGUAGCCUUCCGGCUUUGGAGAAGCUAGCCAAAAAUGUUGACGUGUCUGCAGGGUGUGACUGGCUGGCCGUGCUCUUCUCCAGGGAUAUUCGGUUUGCUAAUCACGAGACACUGCAAGUCAUGUACCCGUACAUGCCUCAGAACGAUGACGAGCUGGAGCUGUUGCAAGGAGACUUUAUUUUCAUGUCUCCGAUGGAGCAGAGCACCGCUAGCGAAGGCUGGGUGUUUGGCAGUUCGCUGAGUACGGGGCUGUCCGGCCUCCUGCCUGAGAACUACGUCAACCGUGCCGAUGAGUCUGAUACAUGGGUCGUCCAUGGGUCUUUCUCCUUUCUUAACUGUGCCUCUCCAUCGAACUCUAGCAGCACUGUUGGUGGGCUAUUUUUUGAUGGACAGCAAAAUGACAGUUUACUUGACAGUCUUGUGGAUCCUCCCAGCCUUCCAGGCCUCUGUCUUCCUAUGCAGGUGUCAAGACCAGCUAGUCAGCCCUCCCUGUCCAAGAUGAGGCUGUUUGUGUGUCGCCAUGGAGAGAGGAUGGAUGUGGUGUUUGGCAAACACUGGGUCACUCAGUGCUUUGACUCCAAAGGCAGAUACAUUCGCUCUAAUCUCAACAUGCCAACCAGUCUCCCAGCUCGAAGUGGUGGGCACCGGGACUUUGAUAAGGAUUGCCCAAUUACUGUCUUUGGCGCCACACAGGCCCGUCUUGUUGGGGAAGCCCUGUUAGAAAGCCAUACAACAAUAGACUUUGUUUACUGCUCUCCUUCUCUUCGAUGCAUUCAGACUACUCAGCACAUUCUUCAAGGUCUCCAGCAGGACGGAAAGACAAAAAUCCGUGUGGAGCCAGGAUUGUUUGAAUGGACCAAGUGGGUUUCAGGUACAUGUUUACCUUCCUGGAUCCCUCCAGCUGAGCUGGCUGCUGCUAAUCUGAGUGUGGACACAACAUAUAGACCUCAUAUUCCCAUAAGUAAAUUGACAGUUUCAGAGUCCUAUGACACCUACAUCAGCAGGAGCUUCCAGGUGACCCGAGAGAUCCUGACUGAGUGCAAAAACUUGGGAAACACGGUCCUGUUUGUGGCCCAUGCUUCCUCCCUGGAGGCCUGCACUCGCCAGAUACAAGGCCUCAACCCCCAAAACUCCAAGGACUUUGUCCAAGUUGUCCGAAAGAUUCCUUACUUGGGAUUUUGCAGUUGCGAAGAAAUGGGAGAGACUGGGGUGUGGCAGCUGGUCGACCCACCGAUUCUGCCUCUGACACACGGGCCCAAUCACAGUUUCAACUGGAGGGAAAUGCUAAUGCAAGAUUGAAGGAUAUGCUCUUUGGCUCUCUUAUCUUGAACUGCUGAACAAAAAGUGGCUUCCAUCAAAAGACAUCAUGCAAAAAACAAAAGAAAAAACAAAAAAGAAGCGCAUAAAUGAAGGCAAAUGUAUUCAAACACACUGCUCAGGAACGGGAAUGUACAGUUUGUGUGGAGAUUACAGAAAAAUGUGUUACAGUUUGGGCGGGACUUUGCUGCAUUAUCCUCAGCGAUAUACUUGUUAACCCAAAAUGUAGAGGUGCUGCGAGGAAUGCAGAUGGCUGUUUGAUUUGUUGAUGGUUGCCGAUGAAUCAGGUUUUAUGUCACGAGAGGGUGCCUCAUUAAACUGUGUCUGCGGGCCCCUCUUUGGCAGAGAGGGGAGUGGGUGACGACUUUGUGUUCUGCUGCCUUCUCACACACUGUGACCAGAAUUAGUUGAGAAAGACUUGUGUAUCAGAAAAACUAUAUUGCCGUGGGUCAAAAAUAACUAUUUAACUUGUAGCUGUGACCCUCUGGUGAAAAAAAAUAAACACAAAAAGCACAAAAGAAAUGUUGACAAUCAGACAGGGCAGAACUGAUCUUCAUCGUUUUUUGGUGCUCAGGUGGGUAGCUUGUUAUAGGUUUGAUUCCUGUAAAAUGUCAUAUCAUUUUCUUCUGUGUUGACAUUUACAUGGCCACAUGACUCAUUUAAUCUUGCUGUAAGCCAUGGCCUAUGGGAUUUGUCUGGAGACAACCAAGUCAAUAUGACCAAGAAAAUUUAUAUGAUAAUAUACAGAAUGUUGCUGUGUUGUUGUUUUUUAUCGACUGAACCUUCUGCUUGCUUUCUCUGACCACGACAGUACUUUUUCGACAACGUGAUGAAUUUUACUUUUUCUGGAUUACAUAAGAUACCAGUUAUUUGCUGCAUGAAUCUGAAAAUCCACCGAUACUCUAAAAAUUAAUAAAACAAGGUUGUGGAGCUACGAAGGCCAGCAUAUAUCAGCCCUCCAUGUCUUCUGUAAAGACCUUACUCCCUCUUCUCGUGCAGCAAGAAAACGAGCAUAAGUGGACACUGCAGUGCAGUAGAGCAGUGUUGCCAAUAUCCCCUUACUGUAAACUGUCUGCACAAAUGCAUAUCAAAUAAGUUUAGUUGCUUUAGGGUUUAUUCUGUACCAGUUGCAACAUCUGAUUUGUUUUUAAAACGGUAAUGAAUACAGGGACAUCAAACUAAUUUUACACUUUGAUAUUAAAUCUCUGAGCACAGGUUUAAUGUAUUUGUAUUUUAUGUUAUGUAUGUGUGGUGCUUUUGCACCACUAUAUUUUGGAUACAAUGUACUCAACACCAUUUAUUUGAAGGCUUUAGGUUUUUCUUGUGUUGCAGAUAAAUUGCAUUUUAUUAGAGCAAGCUAUUCAGCAACAUAUAAGUAAUUAAAAUUAUUAAAGAGACAUACACAUGAAUGUAUAAUUAUGACAAUAUGUAUAAUAAUAAUAAUAAUAUGUAUGAGUCUGAAAAUUGCCAUUCUACAUAAUUAGCACAGGCACUAUUUGAGGUAAUACCUGUACUAUAUAUGUACUUCAGGUAUUUUAAUGUUUGAUUAUACAAACUGAGUACUGUUAGGCUACCAAGUAAGGUUGUAAUUUUUACUAAAGUAAAAAGUCUGAAUGCUUUUUUCCACUUCAAAACAACUGUCCACCGCAGAGUUAUAUUUAAAGUCUUGUGCAGAACCCCUGCGCAUGAAUCUGAAAAUAAUUAUUUUCUAUGUUAACUUUAUUUCUGAUUAAAUAUCUGGAUUUCCUGGAG